AUGUCGUCGCCUACCAAAUCUAGUGCAGGGUCACCGCUUGAAGACACUAGAAUUUCAGCCUUCUCCCCUCAUAUCAAGCGUCAUCUAAAGCACAUUUUCGAAUCAACGGGCCAGGCCAACAAUAAAGAAACAUUUCUUGAGGCCAUCCAGCUCGAACCUCCACAGAAGCAACAUAGUAUCAGCACUUAUGAGGAUUUUAUGGGAUACAUGUCAUCUGCGUAUGCUCAAGCGCCCCCUGAACCACAAGAUCUGUCGUUGCCUAUGAACAAUUACUUUAUUAGCUCGAGCCACAAUACCUAUCUCACUGGCAAUCAACUGUAUAGCGAAUCAAGCACAAGGGUUUACAAAAAUGUUCUUUUGAAAGGAUGUAGAUGUCUCGAAAUUGAUGUGUGGGAUGGUGAACCGGAUUCCGAGGACAGCUCCGACUCGUCGGGUUCAGAAAGUGACCGUGGCGAGCCUAAAGCGUCUCAGAAAAUUGCGAAGAAGAGUCCUAAGGACAGGAAAAGUGGCCGUUUUAACCUGUCAUCAUUGUCAAGUCGCUUGGACCGGCUUUCUAAAGGAUCGACAACGCAGCCGCAAGCUGCCAUUGCCGAAGCUACCGUGGUAACUGCAACCGGAGUUGCGGGAACGGCAGUGUCAUCUGCCCCCCUGCGGCUUGAACCUCGCGUUUUUCAUGGUUAUACUCUGACGAAAGAAAUAACGUUCCGUGAUGUGUGCUGUGCAAUUAGAGAUUAUGCAUUCGUCACUAGCGAUCUACCAAUCAUCGUGAGCCUAGAGGUCCAUGCAAGUCUUGAGCAACAACAGGUGAUGGUAGAUAUCAUGACGCAGGCAUGGAAAGGUAUGCUCGUUGAGCUUCCAGCUGAUAUCGAAGCUAAACUGGAAAAGGGUGAAAUUGAACACUUGCCAAGCCCGGGAGAACUGCGAAACAAGAUUUUGAUCAAAGUGAAAUGGGCACCACCCGAGACGGCGGCCGAUCAAACGAAAGCCGGAGACAUGCCUGGAGUGCCCUCGGAAAUUGGGAAACAGAAGUCAGGAUCAGUAGCUGAAGAUGACACUGUGGGAGGUAUUGAUGGGGGAGAGAACAGCAGAGCAGCUCAGGCCAAGAAAAAGCCUUCGAAGAUUUUACAUGCUCUAAGUCGACUCGGUAUUUACACGCGUGGAUACACUUUUAGUAAAUUUUCGCAACAAGAGGCAACCCACCUGAACCACAUAUUUUCCCUCUCAGAGAACGCUGUGAAGGACGCCCAUGAUAAUGAACGCCAGGCUCUUUUUGACCAUAAUCGAGAGUAUAUGAUGCGAACAUAUCCGUCCGGCCUGCGCGUAAAUUCGUCUAAUUUAGAUCCCUCAUUUCACUGGAGACAAGGAAUUCAAAUUGUUGCAUUAAACUGGCAGAACUGUGACAAGGGAAUGAUGAUAAACGAAGGAAUGUUUGCUGGGCAUAGAGGUUGGGUUCUUAAGCCGGAGACAUACAGAGGAAAGGUAUGGAGGAUUGGAGCAGCAGGGCGAACUGAAAAAAGCCUUCAAAAUAUUGCGCGGUAUCACAUCCUAGAUUUAUCGAUCGAAGUCCUUGCAGGGCAAAACAUUCCUCUCCCUGUGGGUGAUGAACACGCCAAGAGCUUCCGCCCUUAUGUCGCAUGUCAACUUUAUCUUGAGCGACUAAAGGAUCACAUCCACGCCACCGAAAAUGUUAAAGGCGGUACGGGUACCGCAAAGUACAAAGUGCAAACCAAGGCUGGAGUUGGUUCAGAUCCGGACUUUGGAGGGCAAGUGAUGCAUUUCCCAAACGCACCAGUUACCUUGGAGGAACUGAGCUUUGUGAGGUUCAAAGUUAAGGACCGCGAGUUUGGAAGAGAUGAUCUAGCGGGGUGGGCUUGCAUCAGACUCGAUCGGCUGCGCCAAGGAUUUCGAUUUAUACGGCUUUUUGACACGAAGGGCAAGCUGUCCCAAGGCGUCCUGCUUGUCAAAAUCUCGAAAAAGAUAACCUAA